GUUCUAUUUAUCUCUCUCCACCUUGAAAAUCACGUUACCAAUUUGUCAAAACAAAUCAAGUUAGUUGCUCACCAAUACUAGACCCCAAAAACCAGAAGCAAAUAAAGCAUCUAUAAAAAUUAGCUGCAACUGAUAUUUUCAUUAGUAUUUAUGGAAAACAAGAAGAUGGUAAUAGCAAAAGAAAUGGAUCCAAAAAUAUGGAGUAAAUUACCAGAACAUGUAUUGGAAUAUUUACUUUCAUUUCUGCCAUUGAAGACUUUCUUGAAACUCAGAUCAACUUGUAAGCAUUUCAAGACUCUUUUAUUUUCUCCUCCUUUUAUCUCUAAACACUCUCCUUCUUCUUCUUCUAGUUCACCAAAUUCUUCACCUUUUUCUUCAUUUUUCUUACUUUCACACCCACAAUUUCCUAGACAGUACCCUUUAUUUGACACUGUUCACAACAAUUGGCGUAACUUAUCUCUUUGUAUUUCACCUGUUUUACCAUCUUCUUCAUCUCUUCUUUUAUCUUCUUCUAAUGGCUUGCUUUGUUUCACUCGCCCGAGUUCUAAUUCUUUUAUCAUAACAAAUGUUUUAGCAAGAACUUCAAGGGUUGUUAAAUUCCCAACUUUGCCUUUUGCUUUUGAAUCUCUCACUUUAAUUUCUUUACCUAAUAAUGGGUAUAAGUUGUUUGUGAUGUCUACUACUGGAUCUUCAAACAACCAUGUUUUUGUCUAUGAUUCUUUGGUUCAUUCUUGGAUCCAAUUUGGAGGCUUUGAUCUGAUUUUAAAUGAAAAUCAUAAUCAAGAGGGUGUUUUUCAUAAUGGGUAUUUGUAUUUUAUUACACCAGAGCCUUACUUUAUAGUAUAUAUGGAUCUUAAUACUGGCAAGUGGCAAAGAUCAAAUUUUGAGCUGCCUAUAGAGCUUACUUUUGCUAGAUUGGUAAGUGAUGGGGAUAAGAAAUUGUGCUUGAUUAGUGGAAAUGGGAGUAAUGGGAUUUCAAGAAGUAUGAAAUUGUGGGAAUUGGAUGAGAAAUUCAAGAUUUGGGUGGAAGUUGAGAAUGUGCCAGAAUUGAUUUGUAGGAAGUUUUUAUCAGUUUGUUACCACAACUAUGAACAUGUUUAUUGCUUUUGGCAUCAAGGGUUGAUUUGUGUUUGUUGCUAUUCUUGGCCUGAGAUUUUAUACUACAAGGUUAAUAGAAGGACUUGGCAUUGGCUUCCAAAAUGCCCUUCAUUGCCUGAUAAAUGGAGUUGUGGAUUCAAAUGGUUUUCCUUUGUUCCUGAGCUAUAUGCUUUUGUCUAAUAGCAAAAUCAAUUCGUUAGAAAGACUAAAUUGCGUACUUCUAAGGAGGUCUUACCGAAGGGUAGUGUGUACGCAGACUUUAUCCUACUUUAGUGUGUACGCAGACUUUAUCCUACUUUCAGCUUCAAGAAGGCAAAGAGGCUGCUUCCGAAAGACCCUCGGCAUAAGAAAGAAGAGGUCUAACUACUUGAUUUUUGUUCCUCGACUCUCUUUAAUUUGUGUUCUUUAUGUUUUUUGUUUUCGUGUAUAUAGGGCUAUAGGAGUAGUAUUGUGUUUGAUUUGCUGCCUUGAGCGAUGAUCUAUUAGCAUAUGAAAAUCUUGUGGAAGCGUUGUUUGCUUGAAAGUGGUGUAAUUAGAAAAGGAACUAAAAGGCAAUUGAGUUUCUUGUCUUGGUUUGGACAAUUUUGUA